AUGGCAUCCACGGGAAAGAAUAUCGAAGGACAAUCUAUUGUUCGGCCACCAUUUUUUGAUGGGACCGAUUAUCCUUUUUGGAAGAUUAGAAUGAAGAUAUUCUUUCAAUCUCUAGAUUUUGAUAUUUGGGAUAUAAUCGAAAGUGGUUAUAUCGCUCCAUCAAAAUCAAGAGCGGAAUGGAAUGAAGCCGAAAAAUUUCGCUUUCAAUUGAAUGCUAAAGCUAUCAAUUCAUUCCUUUGCGCUCUUAGUAGAGAAGAGUUUCACCGAAUCUCUACAUGUACAACGGCUAAAGAGAUUUGGGAUAAAUUAGAAGUUACUCAUGAAGGUACUUCUAGGGUGAAGGAAUCUAAAAUAAGCAUGCUUAUGUCAAAUUAUGAACUAUUCAAAAUGGAGGAAAGUGAAUCCAUUUCGAAUAUGUUCACAAGAUUUACUAACAUUAUAAAUAGCUUGAAAGCCUUAGGUAAGGAUUUUCCUCAAUCGGACUUGGUACGAAAACUUCUUCGUGUACUACCAAGAAGUUGGAUACCUAAGGUUACGGCUAUCCAAGAAGCUCAUGACUUGGACAAAGUAAAAAUUGAUGAACUUGUUGGAUCACUCAUGGCGCAUGAACAACGCCUCAAAGAAUAUGACAACGAAGAGGCUCCUGAGAAAAAGAAAAGCCUUGCACUUAAGGGAGUCAUUGCUUCCGAGAGUGAAGAUGGCGAAGAAGGUUCGAGCGAAGAAAUCGCUAUGAUUUCAAAAAGGCUCGAUCGACUAAUCAAGAAGCGCAACUUGAGGAGACCUAAACGAGACGGGUUCAAAGGUGAAGGAUUCAAGAAAGGUAUCAUUUGCUACAAUUGUAAUAAACCGGGACAUUUGAAAAAUGAAUGCACUCUUCCAAACAAAACCUUUAAGAAAGACAAGAAAAAGAAAGCCUUCAAUGCACUAAAUUGGGACGCCCCCGACGAAUCUAGCGAUGAUGAAUCGGAAAACGAAGUUGCCCAAAUUUGCCUCGAGGAGCAAAGCUCAAUCCUAUGUCUUAUGGCUCUUGAAGAUGAGGUAAACAAUUUAAGUUAUGAAGAACUUUUAGAAGCUUUCUUUUCUUUAUAUGAUAAUCUACAAAGUUUGGGUCCCAAGUAUACAUCUCUCAAAAAGCAAAAUGCCUUAUUAGAGAUGGAGGUUAACAACUUAAAAUUUUCAACUUCAAAUCCUUCUUUAAUACUUGAAAAUGAGGACUCUUUACUCACGAAAGAGCUUAAACAAGCUAAUGAGACAUGUUGUAGUCUCAUUCGUGAAAAUGAAGCAUUAAAGAAGAAAAUUGAAGAUCUAAAUUUUAAGCCAAUUCUUCAUUAUGACAAACAACUUGAAAAACUUCAAGUUGAAAACCAACAACUCAAAGUUAGCUUAGGUGAAACUAAGAAAACUCUUGAGAAAUUUGUUGGAGGAACCAAGUAUCUAAAUAUGAUGCUUGAAAAUCAAGUUGUAAACUUCAAAAAGUUUGGGAUAGGUUAUGUUUCUAAUCCAAACAAUGUUAAGUUGACAGAAGAAUCCUAA